CCCGCCCACACUCCGGCUGGCAGGGACACAGGGAGAGCGGAACUUCAGGCCGUUUGCCACCCGAGUCCUUCCUGAGAAAGUCCGUCUAGGAGAGGUGGUGCCGCUGGAAUGAAAGCUCCCUGUGAAAAGGGAUUUUUAAAGCUGUUUGCUGCUGUGUCCUCAGCUCCUGGCACAGCCUGACCCAGAGCAAGUGUUCCACAGAGACUUGCUGAGUGAAAGAGUGGACCGGCUAAGAGAAAAGAUGCAUUUUGGAUCCAGACCGCCAACACUGGAGCCCGGUGACCCACCUGCCAGCUAGGUCAUCGUAGGCCAGGAUCUCAACCUCUCUGAGCCGAGCCCCUUGUCUGUCAAAUGCAGACCAUGCCUAUCUUGUGAGGGAUGAUCAUUGUCAUUGUUGAGCUAAUAAGUCUAAAGAGCUCGACACAAAAUGGGUGCUCAGUGCGUGGUAACUGUUAUCGCCAUGGCCUGGCCUCCCGCAAUUGAGGGACCACUGCGAACCCCCAGCCCCCCAGAUUUUGCCUCCUGGAGGAGAAUGUGGCCUCAGGGGGCCAUCUUUGUGGCCCUGCCCCUCCUGGGGCCCAUCCUGGUCUGGCUCCUCGCCCCUCAUAGGAUGUCUGGUUGGUGUGACAACCCGAGGAAGCUGCCCUGGUGCCCACCCCACAAAAUCUUGCUGCUUGUGUGGACCGCCAUCUACUCUGUCAUCGGCUAUGCCUCCUACCUGGUGUGGAAGGACCUGGGAGGGGGCUUCGGGCGGCACCUGGCCCUGCCUCUCGGCCUCUAUGCUGUGCAGCUCGCCAUCAGCUGGACCGUCCUGACUCUCUUUUUCGCAGCCCACACCCCUGGUCUGGCCCUGCUGCACCUGCUGCUGCUCUACGGGCUGGUGGUGACCACGGCGCUGAUCUGGCACCCCAUCAACAAGCUGGCCGCCCUGCUCCUGCUGCCCUACCUGGCCUGGCUCACUGUCUCCGCUUCCAUCACCUACCGCCUGUGGAGGGACAGUCUUUGUCCAGAGCACCAGCCUCAGCCCGAGGGGGAGAAGAGCGACUGAGGCACCGGGGCACAGGGAAGGGAAGGGGGGGAAGGCCAGGGAGGGGUGGAAGAGACUGCAGGCAGGCUGGGGGGUCUGGGGGAGUGGGAGGUGGCCAGGCAUUGACGAGUCCCUAAAGGUGAUUCACCCCAAUGCGGCCACUGUCCUCACUCCCCUGGUGCCGGUUUUCAUUAGAAUUCAGAGAAAUGGGAAAGAGGAAAGAAACGUAUUUUACACUUAAUAAAAGAUAAUAAAUCCUAUAUUAAUAAGUAUUAAUUUAGUAAUAUCAAUUAAUAAAACCCUGAGACUAACUUUGGGGAUGUGAUAUGAAGGGCAUGUUUGAGUGGAUGAUGUCCAGGGCCACAGAGUGGAAUAGAAGUGUGUGCCUGUAUGUAAGAGUGCACAUGUGAAGGAAUGUAUGAACGUAUGUAUGAGGAGGGUGACAUGCCAUCUCUACUCCACUCCCAUGCCCUCCCAAAUCUGACCCCAAAAUGUAGACUUUGGCUUUUAAUUACCUGAAAAACAAAAUCUUUCUGAAAAGUCGAAUAAAAGCAAAACAGAAAAGUAAAAAAGUAUAAUAAUUUUACAUGU